AUGGCGGCCGUGCAGCGCGACUUGCGGCGCGUGCGACGCGGGAACAGGCGGCUGCAGAGCGGCGACGACGACGAGGAGGUCGUGUUCGGUCUCGUCGGCAACGCGGACCCGCAGAUAGCAGGGCUGUACUUCGCGUCGGUGGCGUUGGGCUCCCCCCCGCAGUUGUUCAACGUGCAGGUGGACACGGGCAGCGACCUGCUCUGGGUCGCGUGCCAGCCGUGCCUCAAAUGCGCCACGCGCUCGCAAGUCGCGCCGUUGAACCCGCCGUUCAACGCGUCGCAGUCCUCCUCCAAUCACCUCCUCCCGUGCGCGACGCGAGAGUGUCCGCGCUACCACUUCUCCGACAACGUCCUGCGCGGCUGCCCGUCGCCGGCCGUCGCGACGGCGGCCGCCGUGCCAGCCUCCACGUGUCUGUACAUGCUGCGCUACGCGGACGGCAGCGCGUCCGUGGGCGUGCUCAUGCGCGACGUGCUGCACCUGCCGUGGACCCCCAGCGAGCAACCCGUGGGACCCGGGGGGGGUGGGACUGGAGAAAGUGGGCCCAGGGGGAAUGGGAGAAGCGGGGACCUACCGUCGACCGCCAGUGAGCCCUUGGGAGGGGGAGCGGGGGAAGUGGCUGGGGUGGCGAGGACGAGUGGUAACCCGGUGCCUGGCGAGAGUGGCGAGAGUGGUAACCCGGGCGAGCUCAACAUCGUGGAGCCGCGGAGGAUGGAUCAGGAAGAAGCGAGCGGUGCCGGCGGGGCUGCUAGUAACGGGAAUGAAGCGCAGGGAAGUAGCGCGGCUGUUAAUAGCGGGGAUGAAGCUCAGAGAAGCAGUGCGAACGCGUCAGCGAGCGGAACCAAGUACCGGCCGGUCGUGACGUUUGGGUGCGGGUUCAACCAGUCCGGCAAUCUUUUAGACGGCCCACUGACGGUUGAUGGCGUGAUGGGGUUGGGCCGCGGCGCGUCGUCGCUGCUGGCGCAGCUCGGCGCGCAGCACGCGCUGCCGCACGCGUUCGCGCACUGCCUGGGCGGGCCGGAGGGCGGCGGCGCACUGUUUCUCGGGCGCGUAUCUUCCGCGGGCGCGCUGAGCGGCGUGCGGGGAGUGUGGCAGCAAACAGCGCUGUGGGACAAACCCGACAGCACGCAGUGCAUGAUCGGCCUGGCAGGUAUUGCCAUCGCCUUCCCAAUUGCCCGGCAACCUGUCCCGCUCUGUCCCUGCGAACCGUUCUUGACCCGUCCAUCUCCCCGCGCCCGCGUCACUCUCUCUCCCUUCCGCUCCCUUUUUCCCUCUCCCUUUUCUUCUCCCCCCGGUCACGGCAGCACGCAGUAUAUGAUCGGCCUGGCGGGCAUUGCCAUCGCCGGUGUGCCCAUUGCCUGGCAACCCACCGUCGCCACUGCCGUCCCUGCCGCCGCCGCUGCUGCCAGAGAUGCUGAAGCCGCUGCUGCUGCUCCCGCCCAAACCACCUCCUCGCCUGCUGCGCCACCAGGCAAUGCCACAGGCUCGGCAGCGGCAGGCUCGGCGUCGGCAGGGAUGGUGCCGUGCGUGUUGGACAGUGGCACGUCGCUCACAUACCUGCCGGACCCGCUCUACCAGACGCUCACUGCUGCUGUGAGUGCCGCUCUCCCCUGCCUCCAGUGCCCCCCCCUCCCUCCAUCCAGUGGGCCCCCCCUCCAUCCAGUGCCGCCCCCCCUCCUUCCAGUGCCGCCCCCCCUCCAUCCAGUGCCGCCCCCCCUCCAUCCAGUGCCGCCCCCCCUCCAUCCAGUGCCGCCCCCCCUCCAUCCAGUGCCGCCCCCCCUCCAUCCAGUGCCGCCCCCCCUCCAUCCAGUGCCGCCCCCCCUUGCCUCCGUGCUGCUCUGCGCAGGCUCUGAGAUGUGCCUGGUGCAAGCCAUUGACCUGCCGCUACUCGCCUUCGCCCAGACGGAGGGCCACUUCUGCUACAACCUGGGGGACGGCAGGCUCCCCUGGCCCCGCGCGCGCUACCUCUUCCCGGACCUGACUCUCACGUUCGGCACCGGGGCUCGCAUGGUGCUGCCGCCCGAGAACUACAUCCUGCUGCUCGCCACCACUGCUGGCUUUGAGGUGCCGUGCAUUGCGUGGCAGAGCGCUGGCCCUGACUCCUCCCUUGCUGUGCUGGGCGACCUGGCGCUGCGCAAUCUGCUGGUGGAGUUUGACGUGGACGCCAACACCGUGCGCUGGCUGCCCUCCCAGUGUGAGCUCUCCGCUCCCGCCCCGCCUCACCACUUAAUCUCACUGCGCCUCACACCAUGCACCUCACCCGUUGAUUUGAAGCGCCUCACCUUUGACCUCCUGCCCUCUCUGACACGUCUCGCAUAA